UAGGACACAUCUGAAUGGUCCAUGGGUAGUUUUAUCAGCCCGGCUCUUCGUUGUAUUAUUGCUGCACAUAGCAAGUGAAAAAGGAGUUACCUUUAUGCCAUCACCAUGCAUUUCUUAGAUGCUUGGUUUCCAGCUGGCGUCCUCAUCAUUGUGUGCUGUUUAUUAUCAAGAUCUGUCGCACAACUGAUUGAUCCCGAGAUUCGUAACAUCACGGCAUCAGCAGGAGAUGAUGUUCUACUGGAUUGUGUGCCACCUGAUGGUGAGGCCCUCUUGAUCAGUUGGAAUAAAGAUAACGACGUGGUACAAAUUACAGAUGCGUAUAGAGAUGGUCGUAUAUUUCUGGAUCAAAAGGAAGGAAUGGUGAUCUUGAAUUCUGAACUAUGGGAUCGAGGCAUGUAUUCCUGUCUUAUUCUCACACAAGAUUCACAGAUCAUCACUCAUCGAUUCUGGCUUGAUAUAGCGCCACCAACCGAUUCGGAUGUAGACAGCAAUAGCGCUUUUCAAUGUGGCUACUGUAGAGUACGAGGCAAGGUGGUAGGUGGUAAGGUCUCAAACGAGGGUCAGUCGCCAUGGACAGCUCUUCUAUGGAACACUAAUGAAGGUAAACCACUCUGUGGAGGGGUGUUACUCAAUAGAAGAUGGGUGGUUACUGCAUCACAUUGUUUCUCACUCUCUGGGCUCUCAAUUGACGAGUUUGAGAUUCGCCUUGGUGAGCACGAUAUUGAAGCCAUCUCAGAUAACGAGCGUACCUUCCGAGCUGAACAGAUCAUUAAACAUCCAAACUUCAACGAACAAACUUACGACUCAGAUAUUGCACUCAUCAAACUCCAGCAGCCUGUCACAUACACGGACUACAUCAUUCCACUUUGUUUACCCAGUGAGUUGAGAGCUGAUGAACUCCUCAAGGCGGAAACACGAGGCUUUGUUACUGGAUGGGGAAACACUGAAGAAGCUGGUGACUAUUCUCGAUAUCUCAGGAGGGUUCGUUUAACGAUCGCCAGUAUGCAGGAUUGCGGUAGAAGUCAUAUCGACAUCAUCACCAAUAACAUGUUCUGCGCAGAUGGAGGGCGCAAGGCAGACGAGCGGGACGCAUGUCAGGGAGACAGUGGUGGUCCUUUUGUUACCAAGGAUAACAACAGGUGGUAUCUGCUUGGUAUUGUGAGUUGGGGAGUAGGAUGCGCCCGACCAGGCUACCCCGGGGUCUAUACACGGGUUCAUCGCUUCAGGCAAUGGAUCAUGGAUCUUGUACAACAAGACAUGCAGACCUGUGAAGAGUCCUCGUUUGAGUUAGGUGAGGAGCUGCGUGCCUCCGUCAAGGAAUCGAACAAUCUUCGUCUUCUCAACCAAGAGCAGCAGCAUCUCAUCGAAUACUUCCAAGAAGAACUAAACAGGAAAGAUGAAGAGAUAUUUGAUCUCCACGAACGCAUUGAAACAUUUGACUGCCCCGAUGGACUCCCAACAUCCACAUCGCCCCCGGAAUCGACCACCCCAACGAUGACGAACUACCCCGUGAUCACAGAGACGAGACCAGUGACCACGAGAGCUCCUAUUCAAGAAGAUGCCCUACCAUGUCGUCAUAAUAUGUGUUGGCAUGUUAGUAACCUAGCUCGUUGCCAUGGGGGAUACUGCGUCUGUGACUCUCCGGACUACUCUCGGGUCUCAUGUUUACCUAUCGUUGGAUCUUGUCGUAUCUACCGCAACAACUCAUAUGCGUUAGCCACCGCAACUUUCCGAGAUGACACGCGUAUAGCUGACACUUUCGCGUGUGAAGGCAACCCCGAAUCUAACGUGCAUAUCAUCAGUGUUUAUGAAGGUCCCGUUCACACCAGACCGGCUUCUCCGGGUGAUGUACAUGUUAGAGUGACGGGUGGAGAUCAAGGUCCUAUCACCAUUGUGUUUAGCUCGUAUGAACCAGUCCGCUGGCUUGUUAGUGUUGAUGAGGGCAUCAUGAUUAAUAAAUUUGUACUGACGGGUUACUACCUUGACCUAAGUAGCGUUGAGGUCGUCUCACUGUUACACACCAACGUGACGGUCGUGACAGUGAGUCGUGUCCCAUUCGGUUACGGAACGGACGGUGAUGGCGUCUUACACACUGCAGAGUUCCUCAAGUACGUCCAGAACACGUAUGGUGACGUGGGGUCCUUCUCGGGUACCUAUCGAGCUGAUAGGUGGGUGCUGACAGUACCAGGAGAAGCUCCAAUCGUAGAUUGGAUGAGACUUCCAUUACCCAUAAUUCCUAUGGCCAGAGUUGAAUCGACCCUAUCCCGCACUGGAUGGACGCCCUUCCCAUUCCGUUACGAUGGAUCAUUCUGUGCAUGUCACGGUGAUCAAUACGUCAAACUUUUAGGCGGAUCGGAGAACGAACUCGACUACGGUGUCCGUUACGUCGGGGUCGUGCUGUGCCAGACUCCUAGUCAUUACAAGAUCUUCCUAGCCAAUGACCUCGAAGAAACGUUCUUAAACGUUGGCGAUGGGAGUGGAGGAGGGAGCGAUCACUGUGAGUUUGUGGGAGGCCAUCAUGAAAACGAAACUCUAGCUCAGACAUCACGUGACUGGCUGCUCAUGCCAGCAGUAUCAGGAUACUACCGGAGUGUGUGGGGUGAGCCUGUUUCGUUUGGUUCUAUUGGAGGCGGGUAUCGCACAUGGACCGGCAAGAUUAUCGUCAGCUGGUACGACUGUGGUAUCACUAUACCUUGACGUGAACUUCUUCAAACUCUCUAAACGUCUCUCAAAGAUGGUUCUCAUCCGAUGGCCGUAUAUGAAGAUGAAAGUCAUCCAUUUGCCGGAGCUGAUAUUAUUGCCCGCACAUAGACCCAAUGAUCGCAUCAUUUUACAGCGAUUUACCUCCUUGUCGAAACACAAUGCGGGUUGGUUUGACACCUCUGAUAGUGGAAAAACCUUCUUUUUUAUAAGAACAUUUUAUUUAUAUUUCAUAUCAAAGAUUUUUGUUCUGUUUACCUCUUCUCCGGGAGGGGUUGGUUGUAUGAUGUUAAAUGUCUGCAAAUUAGAGUCAGUAUAACACCAAUACUUUACCGUCGAUCAACAUUUUGCUUAUUUUUGUGAUACAUGAAAUCGGAGUCUUCAAAUCCUUCGUUACGAAUACACCAUGUGCAUAUUCAUGAUUUGUACGUGUAGAGGUGGAUUUAAAUUUUGUAAAUAGUGGAAACCAGGCAAGCAUGAUAUGUACAUGAAUCGUUAGAUCAUGCACAUCACCUUAAUUUGUUGAUCUAAAUUCGCAUACCGGUAUACAGGCCUACUAGAAUAAUAAAUAAAUUUGGUGAAACAAGAUAUUAUAUUAUUGAUGUAGGCAAGCUUUGUUUUAGAUGUUUAUAUUUUAGACCUAUUUGUGAGAAAGCUUAUAGUUCAAGAAAGGGAUUGACAUGUUUAGCUUACUGCUUUUUACUCUACAUUACAUUUCUUUUGAAUGUUCACAGCCAUGUUGCAAAUUAUAUAUAUAUAUUAUUUAGUGAAUCAAUCUUUGUAAUCAGUUUCAUGUUAUUUCAUGGGCAUCACUUGUUCGUUGUUCGUUCUUGUAACAGGAAAUGUGAUUAAAAUCAUAUUUUGUAAUACA